AUGGCGGGCCAGCCGGUGUUUCAGGCGAUCCAGAUGAUGAUGGAGUACAACACCUUGACCACUUUGCCAGAAAAUUGGCUGCAAACCCUCCUGCAUGUCAGUAGCCGCGUCAUUGAUUAUUAUGCCAAGAACGGCGAACUGCAGGCGCAGUCUUCAGCAGCACUUCGCAAAGAGAUCAAGCGAGCCUACACCUCGUGUGUGGAGAUGGCAUCCUUGUUGCACGAUGCGGCGCGAGGGCAAGGUAAGGUGCAUGCGUUGCAGCUUCGAGAUUUCCAUGGAGAUGAAGCGCUGUUGCAGAAGGUGGGUGAAACGCUGUCACAGAAAAAGCCCCUUUUCAUUGAGAUUGCCCAGAUGGGUGGGACAAACCACUACUUCGUGGUGCAGGAGGUGCAAGGCCAAGUUGUGGUUGUGGAUGCUUGGCAAAACAUUCAUCCGCUGCAGAUCUCCUCCUCACAGAAGCGCUCGGAAGUUUGCAAGGCUCUGGCUGAGCUGUUGGGCAAUGACCCCGUCAAGCGAGACCUGGCGGCGCUGCAGCUCUUCGGGAAGGAUCAUGGGUUCAAGGGCCUCAAGGCUCAUGGCCAGAGAAUUCGGCUGAAGGCUGUGAUGCAUGGCGAGCCUGGCAGCGGCCUGCAGCUUCCUAGCACGGCAGCACGCCGCCGCUCCAUGGAUGGGCUUGGGGAUGCGCUGGUGGUGCAUGGCCGGAAUGGCCAGCAGUUGGAGCUGCCUAUCAACCGCGCGCACUCGCUGGACGAGGCUUUCCCUUGUAGGGAACCCGUCGUGAGGACUGUCGACUCAGAGGUGCCGCCGCCCGAGCUCCGAAAGGCCAGUGGCGCUCGGAAAGUGGCGGCCGGAGCCGCAGCAGGCGCUGCCUUUGCGCUGACCUUUUCCCUCAUUGAUGUUUUUCGAAACCCUGCUGGCCGCACAACUGCGCAGAAAGUGGAGGAUGUCCUGGUGCCCACUGCCAUUGGCGCAGCUGAGGGUGGCGCUGCUGCUGCUCUUCUCGGGGAAGGGGUGACCUUGUGGGGCGGUGCAGCCACGGCUGGGGUGGCAGUGGUGGCAACUGGUGCCUUCGUGGCCUGGGAUGCCAUCAAGCUGGCGCGGGGCACCGGGACCACCGUCCAGCUGCGGCGCAACUUCGCGUCCAACGCCGGCGGGGCAGGUGGUGGCAUUGCAGCCGGUGCCCUCUCGGGUGCUGCUGCCGGGGUUUGGCUAGGCCCUGUGGGCGCCGGCGUCUGUGGCCUGGUGGGCGGCAUCGCCGGGGCCGUGGGUGGCGCCUUUGGGGGCUCGGCCUUGGACCAAGCCAUCUGGGACAGCGCGGAGGAUCGCAAGCAGCAGGCCGUGGAGUUCUUCGGCUUCAAGUACACGCGGUGGCAGCGGCCCACUCACAUCAGUGCCGAGGCACUUCAGAAGGCCUACAACCAGACGUUGGCACGCAACGACGGAGACCAGGAGUGGCUUGGCCUUUGCAAGGAGAACUUCGCGCUGGCGAUGGCCUUGCGCUGGCAGGAGGUGGGCUACAUUCUGGAUGAGCUGCAGAAGGCCGCUGAGCAAUCCGGUGAUGAUGGCGCCCUGAUGACCUAA